AUGUGGCAGUUUUUUUAGUGGAUCAGUUGAUUGCACGCAAUUAAUAACACGAAGCAAACAUGGUUCCGAAAGUUUUGUACCUCCUGCUCAUUGCCUGUAUUUUUGGCACCGUCGUCCAGAUGAGUUUUGCCGGCCCAUCCAACUCAUCUGAGACAGCCGUCUCAUCCAACUCAUCUGAGACAGUCGUCUCAUCCAACUCAUCUGAGACAGCCGUCUCAUCCAACUCAUCCAACACAUCUGAGGCACCCGCCCCAUCCAAGUCAUCCGCCUCAUCCAAGCAAUCCGAGACAUCCGCCUCAUCCAAGUCAUCCGGCUCAUCCGAGUCAUCCGACUCAUCUGACUCCUCCUCCGAUUCAUCCGCUUCAUCCGAGUCAGAGGAAAAACCGGUGGUAAAACCUGUAGAUAAUCCUAAGAAACCUGGUGGUAAACCUGAGGAUAAGCACAAGCGAAAACCACAAAAACCGCCCACCAAACAGGAAGAAGCUGAAAACAAGACUGUGACGAAGAAACUCGAGAUCGUGUUACCAACGAUUCCAACUUUCUCCCCGAUCCCAGGACUUAAAUCGAACGUCGACAAAGCUAAAGACUUGGUUGCACGUCGUUUGAACAACGGAGGCAGUUUUGUCAACGCCGUUGCGAACAGUAUAAGGCAGGCAGUCUAUGCUGCUAAGCCUAUCCUAGCCUUAGGCGACUUGAUCAGUAAAAUUAUACGGGCAUUCGCCGAGAUCGCAUCAUUAAACCCAGUCCGACUCGGAGCUCUUGUUCUUCAGGAAGGUGUGAAGAUUGCCACAAGUAUCUUGGCCGCAUCCUCUCCUAUUCUGAUAACUGGAACUAUAAUGGUUGGACGUUAAAUAAUCAAUUACAAUGUAUUAUAGUAGAACAUUUACUUUAUAUGCAACUAUGUAUUAGUUUUGGUUGCAAUUAUAUUUACGCAUCAUAAAAAUG